AAAGAAGAACUAAGUCUACGAAAUAGAGAUGCACUUUCUGAGGGUACUCGUCCUUUUGGCCAUGGCCUUUGUGAGUUCAAACCCACUUCCGCAUCCAAAUGGAGAAGUUAUCGUUAUUGUCAACCCAAAAGUCUCAGAUGACUGUACCACUACACUAAAAUUUUCUUAAAUUCGAAAAAACAAAAAUAUUUCGUAAUUCUUUACCGAUGCAAUUUCUCAAAUACGAAAUAUGAAAUGACCAACUGAUAAGUCACCAAUAAAAAUAUAAAAAUAAAACUUAUUUAGGGUGAAACUU